AUGCAGUCGAACAAGUUGGAUUUCUCCUGUGCCCUGGUCACUGGAGGCGGCGGCGGCAUUGGCAAGGCCUUUUCCGAGUACCUCAUUAAAAAGGGAAAAAAGGUCAUCAUCGCGGGUCGCACCGAGUCCAGUCUCGCAUCCACAGCCAAAGAGAUCGGAGCUACGGCCUAUUAUGUCCUGGAUACUAGCGCAACCUCGACAUUUCCCGCGUUCAUCAACAAAAUCACGACGGAGCACCCUGAAGUUGACUGCCUGAUCAACAACGCGGGCGUACAGCGACCACUGCAGGUGCUCAAAAAUAACGCAACCGACUUCCUUGAGAAGGCGGACCAAGAGAUCGACACAAACAUCCGCGGGCCGAUGCACCUUGCGCUAGGCCUACUGCCACACUUUCAGUCCAACCCGAACGGUGCCGUCAUCAUCAACGUGUCCAGUGUGUUGGGCUUCGUACCAAUCAGCAUCAUAAACCCCGUCUACAACGGCACUAAGGCAUGGCUGCAUUUCUGGUCAAUGAACCUGCGCACGCAGCUGAGAGACACGAAGAUCAAGGUCAUUGAAAUUGCGCCACCCACGGUCGCGACGGCUCUGCACCGUGAGCGAGACGACCCGGACGACAACAAGAAGGAUAAGAACCCGAAUGCAUUGAGCGUGGAGGAGUUCAUGGAGGAAGUCGCCAGGAAACUGGAGAGGGGCGACGAGACGAUCGGAGCUGGCAUGGCAGCUGAGCUAGUGGACAGGUGGUUCGGCGCGUUUGGCGAUCAGUAUGCGGAGGCUGCUGGUGGGAAAUAG